AUGGAGUCGAAGGAUGAUUCAAACGGGCUAUGUGAGCCAAAGGGGCUGUUCAUCAAAGACAGGAAACAAGAUCAAGUCGAGCUGAGAUUUAAAAAUCUAUUCUAUACAGUCUCACUUGGAUUUGGAAAAGGGACUAAAGAUGUUCUUAAGAAUAUUAAUGGUAUUUUUGCCCCAAAUCAAUUGGUUGCUAUUAUGGGACCUUCGGGAGCGGGUAAAUCUUCACUUUUGGACGUUCUAUCCGGAUAUAAUUUAAAGGGUGUCCGAGGGAACGUUACUGUAAAUGGCGAAGAACGGCGUUUGGAUAGUUUCCGAAGAUUGUCUUGCUAUAUCCAACAAGAUGAUCGCUUGCAACCGUUGUUAACAGUGAAUGAAAACAUGCACAUUGCCGCGAAUCUUAAGCUCUCUAUGGACAAGACUCAAAAAUAUAAAGACGCUGUGGUGAACGAAAUAUUAUCUACAUUGGGUCUUGACAAAUGUAAGGCCACUAGAACCGCGAGAUUAUCUGGUGGUCAAAAGAAAAGACUUUCAAUAGCUCUAGAACUAAUAAACAAUCCAAUGGUCAUGUUCCUAGAUGAACCAACAACAGGCUUAGACAGUUCUUCAUGUUCUCAAUGUAUAUCACUUCUAAAAUUAUUAGCUCACCAGGGAAGAACUAUAAUAUGUACAAUUCAUCAACCUAGUGCAUCACUAUUCCAGAUGUUUGACCAAGUAUAUAUUCUAUCGCAAGGCACAUGUUUGUACCAAGGAUCUACUGAAAAUGUGAUACCUUAUCUCUCAAAACUUGAACUCCCCUGUCCCCUCUAUCACAAUCCAGCGGAUUUCGUGAUAGAAUUGGCUUGCGGCGAUCAUGGAAACGACAAGAUUGUAAAAAUGGCAAAAGAAAUCGAUAAUGGAAAAUGUUUAACAUGGACAGGAAUUUCUGAUUUGCUAGCCAUCGAUGACGCACCUUUGGGUACACCUAAAAAAAUAUCAAAAGAGGUAGACAUCGAUCAUGAAACUUCUGCUUAUAACCAAUUGAAAUGUUUGUUACAUCGAGGAAUUUUAAAAUGCAAAAGAGAUCCGGAUUUAACUUACCUACGAAUAGGUGUAAAUAUAACAGUAAGUGUAUUAUUAGGUACACUAUUUUUACAAAUUGGCGAUGAUGGCAGCAAAAUUUUUGAUAACUAUAAUUUACUUUUUUCCCUUCUCAUGCAUCACGUUGGAUCAACAUUGAUGUUAAAUAUCAUUAACUUUCCUGCUGAAAUCUCUAUAUUGACAAAAGAACAUUUUAAUAGAUGGUAUUCAUUAAAAUCAUACUAUAUCGCUACGAACAUACUUGAUAUUCCAAUUACGACAAUUGGUUGUGUGAUAUUUUCCGUGAUCAUUUAUUUAAUGACAGGACAACCAUUGGAAUGGAAUAGAUUUAGCAUGUUUACAUUCAUUUGUUGGUUGAUGGUUCUUAUUUCUCAAAGUUUGGGAUUCAUUAUUGGCGCUUGGUUCAGCGUUAUUAACGGUAACUUCGUUGGCCCCAUUAUCGUCGUUAUGUUGAUGGUGUUCAGUGGCUUUGGAGUGAAUCUCCGUGACAUUCCAUAUCUAUUAAAGUGGGGAACGGAAAUAUCAUUCUUGAGAUACGGAUUGGAUGCACUAGUCGCCGCUAUGUAUGAUAAACGUGGCGUUUUGCCAUGUUACACGUUGUAUUGCCAUUACAAAUAUCCAACAAAGUUUUUGGAAGAAGUUGCAAUGACCACUGAUCACUUCAACUACGAUGUGUACGCGUUGCUCAUAACUCUGCUGAUUACUAGAGUAGUUGCAUACUAUUUGCUACGACUUAGAGUCAGAUCCAGAGUGUCAUUAUAA